AACAUAAAAUAGUAACUGUGAUGACGUGCCGUGAACUUCCGAAACGUGGCUGACGUUUCUUGUUUUGUCAUUUCAUUUGUGCAAUACAUUAACUCUUACUGUUAUUCGUGUGCCUCUUUUUGAAUAAUUUCUUUCAUUUAUAAUAAACCAAUACCUAUAAAAUGGAUCAAAUUGCUAAAUUUAUCGAACCAGGCAAGCAGUUCGCUAAAGACUCCAUAAGACUGGUCAGGAGAUGCACUAAGCCAGACAGAAAAGAGUUUCAAAAAAUCGCCAUCGCCACAGCAAUCGGUUUCUGCAUCAUGGGAUUCAUUGGCUUCUUUGUAAAACUGAUACAUAUCCCGAUCAACAACAUCAUCGUAGGAUCAUAGGCUCCGUGUAGUUGUAGUUUAGCAAUAACAUUUAAUAUAAGGCCCCACACUCUAAGUUAAAUAUUCUCUUAUACAUUGUUUUAUUUCUCUAAUAAAAUAAAUUAUUUUUCAUUUCAAGAAA